AUGUCUCUUUACGCUCUUCCCUACAAUGGCACCACAGGAGAGGCUGAUGCCGGCUACUCCGCCGAUGUCAAGGACCUCAAUGUUUUCUACGAGUCCGGAGACAUUGCUUGGAUCAUGGUCUGCUCAGCACUUGUGUUGCUCAUGAUUCCCGGUGUCGGCUUCUUUUACUCGGGUCUUGCUCGCCGCAAGUCGGCCUUGUCGCUCAUCCUAAUAUCCAUGAUAUGCGUCGGAGUGGUGGCCUUCCAAUGGUUUUUCUGGGGCUACACGUUGACCUUCUCUCACACCGGGUCCGUCUUCCUUGGAGACAUGUCCAACUUUGGCCUCAAGGAUGUCGUAGCUCAACCUUCCGUUGGCUCUACUAAGCUUCCGGAUAUUUUGUUCUGCCUGUACCAAGGCAUGUUCGCUGCUAUUACCCCUGCCCUUGCUCUUGGUGCCAUCGCCGACCGUGGCCGUAUCCUUCCGGCCAUGGUAUUCGCCUUUAUCUGGGCCACCAUCGUCUAUGACCCCAUUGCGUACUGGACUUGGAACGGCAACGGCUGGCUGUUCACCCUUGGUUCGCUCGAUUUCGCCGGUGGAACUCCUGUUCACAUCUCAUCCGGUGCCGCCGCCCUCGCUUACUCCUUGAUGCUUGGCAAGCGCACCGGCUACACCAAGCUACAUGGCCUCCCGUACCGUCCCCACAACGUCACCCAUGUUGUUCUGGGAACCGUUUUCCUCUGGGUCGGUUGGUUCGGCUUCAACGGCGGUUCUGCCCUUGCCUCCAACAUCCGAGCUGUCAUGGCCUGCUUCAACACCAACCUUGCUGCUGGUGUCGCUGGCGUGACUUGGAUGCUCCUCGACUACCGCCUCGAGAAGAAGUGGUCCACCAUCGGCUUCUGUUCCGGUGCCAUUUCUGGACUUGUUGCCAUCACUCCCGGUGCCGGUUUCGUCACCCCUUGGGCUUCGGUCAUCUUCGGAAUCGUUGGCGCCAUCUGCUGCAACUUCGCCACCAAGCUCAAGUUCCUCAUCGGUGUCGACGACGGCCUGGACGUUUUCGCUGUCCACGGUGUUGGCGGAAUCGUGGGCAACCUUUUGACGGGCAUCUUUGCUGCCUCGUACAUUGCUGCCCUCGACGGUGCCCUCGAAAUUGACGGUGGCUGGAUUGAACAGAACUACGUCCAGCUCGGAUACCAGCUUGCCGGUUCCGUCGCCGGAUUCGUCUGGUCCUUCUGCCUGACGUGCCUCAUCCUUUUCAUUCUGAACUUUAUCCCCGGCCUUAGCCUCCGUGUCAACGUAGACGAUGAAGAUCUCGGCCUUGACGACUGCCAGCUUGGAGAGUUUGCCUACGACUAUGUCGAGGUAACCCGCCACGUUUCUGACAUUGUCCCCAGCAGCAGUAGCCACGACAAUGUUGCCGGCAGCUCCGCUCACGGCUCCCUCCCUGAGAAGACCGUCUAA